ACUCUGUGUGCUAUUUAAAAAAAAAAAAGUGUUUUAAUGUUAUCUUAGGUAUUGUUUUUUCAAUUUCUUUUUAAUCUACAACUCACGCACGUAAACUCAUAUUUCAAUUUCAGUGUGAAACUAUGAUAUGACAAAUACACUAGUACAAAUUCUUUGUUUUUUUAUGAACAAUCUUAUAUAUAAGUUAUAUUCCAUAAAUAUUGUUUUAAAAGAAGAACAUUCUGAAGAAGUGGAGAUGAAGAAACUAAUAUGCUUUGCGUCGUCUUGUCACUCAAUUCUUAAGCCAUCAUGCUAUAAGCAAAGCUUAUGUAUCUCUCUACUUCGUCACAGAGCUAAGAAGCAGACACAUGAUGGAGACUAUGAAGAGAGCAGAGAUCGACACAACGGCACCGUUUAAAACCGUCAAAGAAGCUGUAGCUUUGUUUGGCGAGAGAGUCUUAGCCAGCCAAGUGUAUUCCAAUCAUCUCAAAGUGAAACAGAUGGAGGGCGAGAAACUUGAGGAUCCAGCAAAGAUUGAGACAGAACUUGAAGAGACAAAACACAAUCUCAAAAGAGCUAAAGAAGAAAGCAUGCAAAUGAGAGACUCUUUGUCUUCUCUCAAGGAAGAGCUUGAAAGGACAAAACAAGAGCUUCAGAAGCUAAGAGUAGUUCCUGAGGAACCAGUAACUAAAGUCGAUGAUACUGUUUUCAAAACCAAGUUCGAAGUGUUGGUUCCUGAUGAUGGACUCAUUAGUACUAGUCCAAGGUUGAGAACGAUGAGUGAGAAGAGAUAUGUGAAAUUUUUGAACCCUACGACGGAUGAUAAUAAUGGUACGGUGGUGGAUAUGUUUCUUGAGAGACACCCUUCGAUGAGAAAGAAGGAGAAGAAGACGGCGAAGAAGAAAAGUUUGAUCCCUUUGUUCAUGGGAGGAAUUUUCUCAAAGAAAAAGGUUUUGCAAUGAAACAGCUUGGUUUUAUAAAAAUUUCUUCUCUUUUCUCGUGUGUUUUGUUAUAAAAUGAUAAUAAUGUCAUAUGUAUGACCUUCGUAAAUGGUUAUUGAAUAUCCUGUUUUAAAGAAAUAAAAAACAUAAAUACUCACCGCAUGUAAAUUAUAGGCAAUUCUAACAGAUUCUUUUUUU